AAUGAGAACAUUCUCAGUUGCACUGCUGCUUGUCUUUUUUGCGUCGAGCGUUUCAUCCGUUCGCUACUACUCCCUUGCUGACACCUUCCAGUCAGUAAUUGAUACGGAAAAGGCAUUGGAAGAAGAACUGAGAGUUAAUUUUGAAAAUGCGAGAGCAGCAAGAGACAAAUACCGGGAAGAGACUCAGAAGAAACUGAACGAAACGCUUUCAAAGGUAUCUGAUGCAGUUAAGCAGAGAGCCGAUGAAUUGGAAAAGGAGAAACAGGAAAAAGCUGAAGCCAAGAAAAAGGAAGCCGAAGCAGCGAUCGAGAAAUGGAAGGAGGUUUCUCAACAAGUUGGAGAAUUCGUCGAGUCAGUUAAGGAAAAGAAACAAGCCAAGGAGCAAGAAAAACAACAGAAAAUUGAUGAUUUUGUGAAAACUUUUACGGACAAAAUCAAGCAAAAACAAGAAGAAAAAGAAGCACAGAGGCAGGAGCAAAUUGAGAAAUGGAAGCAAGCCUCUGAGAAGCUUCAACAACAAAGAGAAGAGUUGAAGCAACAAAUCGAUGCAGCCAAACAAAAGCUUGAUGAAAGAAGAAAACAGAAACUGGAGGAAUUGAAAACCGAUUUGGCUCAAGUCAAAGAGCUGGUAACUGCUGAGGUGAAGCGUCGCGUUGACGAGAAAAAUCAACGGCUUGGCGAACAAAGAGAAAAUCAUGAAGCUUUAAAGCAACAGAUCAAUGAUAAACUUGCUGAUAUUGAGCAGCAGGGGAAGAAUGUUGGUGAUCAGGCAAAAACAUAUGAGCAGAAGAAGGAUGAACUUUCGGAUCUUAUUCAGGAUCUAAUCGGGCAAGGUGUUAAGGAUAAGAUGGCCAACCAAAUUUCGGACAAGCUUCAGGGUCAACUUGACAAGGCAGCCUUGAAAGAAGUUUUGAACGAGAAGAAAGUUGAACAAGCUGGAGCCCCACCACCGGUUAAUGAGAUCCCCGUUGAUAUUGCUCCGAAAGCAACAAUUCUUGACGAAAUCACCGGAAAAGCUGCAUGGGAGACUGUAACCUGGGUUCUUCUUGCUCUGUGCAUCCUUCUUUCAAUCGCCUUAAUCAUUAUCAUUGUUUAUCAAGUCAAACAACGCUCUGUCUACGAACGGCUCGACGGCAACAACCAGGUUUACAAUCCAACAUCAGAAAGAGCCCCACUUCUUCCACCACCAGCAACUCCAAUAACUGCUCUACCACUGGCUCCUGCCAAAGAAGAACAGCAGUUUUAAACUUUGUUCGAUAACCAUGUGAUUGUAUUAUAAAAUUGUUUGCACAUUGUUUUGCCAUUUUUCACGUAUAAAUUUUUUGAUUG